UUUGGAGGCUAAACGAGAUCAACAAAAGGCACCAAGAUUGUGAGCUUCAAUAUUAUAUGAAUAUUCUCGCUUGUACUUUGUGGAAUCUGUUAGGAACAACAAUACUGUACUUAAAAAUGUCAGACCCCCAAAGGUCAAACACAGACAAUACCUGUCAAAGUUAAAACAAGACCAUUGUCACAAUCUUUUUACAACGUGUAAAAAAGCUGCAAAUGUCACAUUAAAACAUAAAAUCUUUAUUUGGGAGGUAAACACUUCUAGGCAUCUCCUCAGUGCAUUCACAAUCAGAGAGAGAGGAGGAUGUAAUCAAUGUGCGACGCAACGAGGCGUGUACAGAUGAACAGAUAGGCAGUCUGAGGGCAGAAGGGUAGAGCAAUGUGAUGCAGGAAGUAUUGAGGUGGAUAGGUGUGAUAGGCACAUUAUUCUACAGACGACCCUCUCAGCGGUCUACAGACGACCCUCUCAGCGGUCUACAGACGACCCUCUCAGCGGUCUACAGACGACCCUCUCAGUGUUCUAUGUGAGCUCGAUUGUAUACACCUGUCAGCAACGGGUGUGCCUGAAAUAGCUGAAUCCACUAAUUUGAAGGGGUGUCCACAUACUUUUGUAUAUAUUGUGUAUGUAAAAUUUGUUUAGAUUUUGAAUGGCCCAUUAUCAAAUGGGCAAGAAGAGGGGACGGGGAAAAAAAAAAUAGCGAAUGGAGGCCACUGUCAUGACGUUGCCCUGUUGGUGAGGUUUAUGACCCCCAUAAAUACCUUUCCCCUUUUCUCGCUCUACAGGAAACCCCUUUGUGUUAACAUAGAGAGAGUACAGGAACGUCAAAAGGUAGGGAACGGAACAAUAUUUCGGUAAUCCAACCAGUUGAAAGUGUCCGUUGGUACUUAAAAAUAAUAUGAUGUCAGAUCAGUUGUUGUCUGGGACAUUAUAUCUGAUGAUAGGACGACAUACAUUUACAUUUACAUUUAAGUCAUUUAGCAGACGCUCUUAUCCAGAGCGACUUACAUAAAUUGUAUCUUGGAAAGUCUACACAUUCUAGUCAUCAGAUUCACAUGGAAUUGUAGUGCAAUUUGAAUGCUUAAAUAUGAAACUAUUUGUGAAAAGACUAAAAGGUAAUUUUAGUUUUAAUAUCAGAGAAUUGUUUUCAUAAGUAAAAUAUGCUCACUCAGCGGCCACGCCCGAGUGAACCAAUUCACGGCUGGCUAAGCCAACCUCAGCGUGAGCUCUGGUUGCAAAUGGUUGAACGACUACAACCUAACAUUGUGUUCCCGAUGACGUGAGCACUGAUGUCCAUACGUUUAACAGGGCGAAUUUCAACGUGGAGGUGAUGAUCGCCACGCUGGAAGGAUGAAUUACUAUACCAGCCAGAAUAUAGCAUGGAGCUUAUAGUAUGGCAACUUGAUAUGAACUCUGAACUCUUAUUCACUAAAGAAGUGAUACAUCCUAGAUCCCUACAUCCUUUUCAGCAGCAGCUGUAAAUGUGCGUGGCCUAGGAAAGGACGGACAAUCUCUUCAGAGCGACAGGGUACUACAAUGCAUCCAUUCUACCACACGACGACAGAGUACUACAACGUAUCCGUUCUACCACACGACGACAGAGUACUACAAUGUAUCCGUUCUACCACACGACGACAGAGUACUACAACGUAUCUGUUCUACCACACGACGACAGAGUACUACAACGUAUCCGUUCUACCACACGACGACAGAGUACUACAACGUAUCCGUUCUACCAAAUGACGACAGAGUACUACAACGUAUCCGUUCUACCACACGACGACAGAGUACUACAACGUAUCUGUUCUACCACACGACGACAGAGUACUACAACGUAUCCGUUCUACCAAAUGACGACAGAGUACUACAACGUAUCCAUUCUACCACACGACGACAGAGUACUACAACGUAUCCAUUCUACCACACGACGACAGAGUACUACAACGUAUCCAUUCUACCACACGACGACAGAGUACUACAACGUAUCCAUUCUACCACACGACGACAGAGUACUACAACGUAUCCGUUCUACCACACGACGACAGAGUACUACAACGUAUCCAUUCUACCACACGACGACAGAGUACUACAACGUAUCCGUUCUACCACACGACGACAGAGUACUACAACGUAUCCAUUCUACCACACGACGACAGAGUACUACAACGUAUCCGCCCAGAAAUAUUCUUCAAAGGACAAGGGAGAUCACUGCUGGGCAACCCAGCCUUCCAUCUUCGACCAAACUAUUGAAGCGCAGCUCAGAGUAAAUAUAUUUCUUGUAUUUUCCUUUUCCGAAUGGGCAGUUAUUUAAAAUAAAUAAGAUUCUGUAUUUACGAUAGCGUAGCUUCAUAAGGUCCGAUAGAGACCCAAUCCUUUUGUUCCUCAGUCUUCCCGCUCUUUCAUUCAAACCCAACACCCUUUUUUGUGUCACCAGCCAUCAUAUCGGUUUCGUCCACUAGGGACCUUUUCUUUUAUGACAUAAAUAGUAAUCAAUGUAUGAUCCAUCCUGUGUAUAUGUAAUUCUGUGUGAUUAUUUAGUAAAUACCUAGGAUAGGGUAAGUAAUCCUUCUCACCCCCCCCCCCUAAAAGAUUUAGAUGCACUAUUGUAAGUGGCUGUUCCACUGGAUGUCAUAAGGUGUAUGCACCAAUUUGUAAGUCGCUCUGGAUAAGAGCGUCUGCUAAAUGACUUAAAUGUAAAUGUAAAUGUAAUGUAAAUAAAUAAUUAAACCAAAUGUUGUAUUGCUGAUUCAACUUGUGAGCCAGGGUCCGUUAAUUUUACGAUGUCCAGAUGAGACUGAAUAAGGUGACGAUUAAUAAUUGACUGCUAUUGAUAUAAAAGGUUACCAGGUCUUUAAGAGUUCAUUUGGAAGACAACAGCUCUAUAAACAUUCUUCCGUGGUGCCCCGACUUCCUAGUUAAUUACAUUUACAUGACUAGUUUAAUCAGGUAAUAUUAAUUACAGAGAAUAGAUUUUGUAAAAUAGCAUGUCAUAUAAUUGAAUCCAUAGAAAAGACACCGCUUUCCUGUUGGUUGGUUAUUUCAGACCAUGCCAGGUAGACUACUCCGCUUAUUUCAGACCAUGCCAGGUAGGCUACUCCGCUUAUUUCAGACCAUGCCAGGUAGGCUACUCCGCUUAUUUCAGACCAUGCCAGGUAGGCUACUCCGCUUAUUUCAGACCAUGCCAGGUAGGCUACUCCGCUUAUUUCAGACCAUGCCAGGUAGGCUACUCCGCUUAUUUCAGACCAUGCCAGGUAGGCUACUCCGCUUAUUUCAGACCAUGCCAGGUAGGCUACUCCGCUUAUUUCAGACCAUGCCAGGUAGGCUACUCCGCUUAUUUCAGACCAUGCCAGGUAGGCUACUCCGCUUAUUUCAGACCAUGCCAGGUAGGCUACUCCGCUUAUUUCAGACCAUGCCAGGUAGGCUACUCCGCUUAUUUCAGACCAUGCCAGGUAGGCUACUCCGCUUAUUUCAGACCAUGCCAGGUAGGCUACUCCGCUUAUUUCAGACCAUGCCAGGUAGGCUACUCCGCUUAUUUCAGACCAUGCCAGGUAGGCUACUCCGCUUAUUUCAGACCAUGCCAGGUAGGCUACUCCGCUUAUUUCAGACCAUGCCAGGUAGGCUACUCCGCUUAUUUCAGACCAUGCCAGGUAGGCUACUCCGCUUAUUUCAGACCAUGCCAGGUAGGCUACUCCGCUUAUUUCAGACCAUGCCAGGUAGGCUACUCCGCUUAUUUCAGACCAUGCCAGGUAGGCUACUCCGCUUAUUUCAGACCAUGCCAGGUGGGCUACUCCGCUUAUUUCAGACCAUGCCAGGUAGGCUACUCCGCUUAUUUCAGACCAUGCAAGGUAGGCUACUCCACUUAUUUCAGACCAUGCAAGGUAGGCUACUCCACUUAUUUCAGACCAUGCAAGGUAGGCUACUCCGCUUAUUUCACUCCAAGCAUCAACCAACCACUGUUUGAGGAGCAUGCAGCCUCUACUCGACAGGUUUAUUUUAUUUUUAGUUAGUUAGUAUUUAGAUGAUUUAGUCCACCCAAAUUUGGUAUGCCCUCCAACCUUGUUCCUGCAGCUACCCAGUGGUUAAUUUGGGAAAUAAAGUGAAAUCUGUUUGGGAACAUUGAUAGUUUUCACAACAAAAUAUAUUUAAUUAAAACCGGUGACAGCCCGUCACUCUGUGUGCUCAAGAAAGGCAUGAAGGGGAGAGGAGGAGGAGAUGGAAACUCACUGUGGUGACAUAUUCUGUAGCUAAAGGUAAUGUGCCAGCCUAUAUGAAAACAGAAGCUAUUCAAAAUCAAAUACAAAUUCAUUAUAAUUGUAGGCGAACUCUGUAAGCUGCAAUGCACAAUCAAUGAACAAAAAGCAUGGCCUAGGGCCUAUAUGUUCUCUCCCAGACUCAUGUAUAUACAUUGGAGCAUAACGUAACCAGUCCAUCCAGUAUAAUUAAUAAUACAGUCUACACUCCAGGACAAUUACUAGAAUAAAAGUUUCAUUUUGGAGAAUAGACUCGACGAAUCACAUACCAAAGAAAUCUUAAACUCAGACAUCUUAAAAAAUGUUUUGCCAUACGUAAUAUGUGGUAGGCUAUGGAUUGUAGAAAGGCACAAUCCUUAUUUUAAUUCAGUAUUUUCCUCCUCCCCAGGAGGACACGUAUCCAUAAACUCUAAUAUGCAUGAGUGUUUUGAAUGAAUCAUCACCUUAGAAAGUGCUGUCCAUUUCUUUGUGUUAGGAUUUGAAACAACAUCAACAACCAUGUGUUACACUCCGUUUCAACCUGCUGUUGAACUGCUUUUCUUCAAAUUGAUCAUCACAAUGAGGUGAGUUUUAAAAGCUUUUGAUGAUAAGUGUUUGAUGUGAUUUUUGAUUGCAGAGGGGCAAUGGAGCUCUGAGUACCAGGCCAUUAGGACCUGAUGGAGGGACAAUAGAGCCCCGAGUACCAGGCCAUUAGGACCUGAUGGAGGGACAAUAGAGCCCUGAGUACCAGGCCAUUAGGACCUGAUGGAGGGACAAUAGAGCCCUGAGUACCAGGCCAUUAGUGACCUGAUGGAGGGACAAUAGAGCCCUGAGUACCAGGCCAUUAGGACCUGAUGGAGGGACAAUAGAGCCCUGAGUACCAGGCCAUUAGGACCUGAUGGAGGGACAAUAGAGCCCUCGGUACCAGGCCAUUAGGACCUGAUGGAGGGACAAUAGAGCCCUCGGUACCAGGCCAUUAGGACCUGAUGGAGGGACAAUAGAGCCCUCGGUACCAGGCCAUUAGGACCUGAUGGAGGGACAAUAGAGCCCUCGGUACCAGGCCAUUAGGACCUGAUGGAGGGACAAUAGAGCCCUCGGUACCAGGCCAUUAGGACCUGAUGGAGGGACAAUAGAGCCCUCGGUACCAGGCCAUUAGGACCUGAUGGAGGGACAAUAGAGCCCUCGGUACCAGGCCAUUAGGACCUGAUGGAGGGACAAUAGAGCCCUCGGUACCAGGCCAUUAGGACCUGAUGGAGGGACAAUAGAGCCCUGAGUACCAGGCCAUUAGGGCCUGAUGGAGGGAGAAUAGAGCCCUGAGUACCAGGCCAUUAGGACCUGAUGGAGGGAGAAUAGAGCCCUGAGUACCAGGCCACACUGUUGGUGUAGAGGUAAUACAGUCUCCAUGACUGUUGUUGCGGAGGUAAUACAAUCACCAUGACUCCCGGUGAGGAGGUAAUACGGUCACCAUGACUCCCGGUGAGGAGGUAAUACGGUCACCAUGACUCCCGGUGAGGAGGUAAUACGGUCACCAUGACUCCCGGUGAGGAGGUAAUACGGUCACCAUGACUCCCGGUGAGGAGGUAAUACGGUCACCAUGACUCCCGGUGAGGAGGUAAUACGGUCACCAUGACUCCCGGUGAGGAGGUAAUACGGUCACCAUGACUCCCGGUGAGGAGGUAAUACGGUCACCAUGACUCCCGGUGAGGAGGUAAUACGGUCACCAUGACUCCCGGUGAGGAGGUAAUACGGUCACCAUGGGAUGCAGGUACUAGGG